AUGCCAAUAAGUAUUUAUUUGACAAGUUUCUUCUCCCUUAUCUGUUUCUCUGGAACAAUUUUAUCUCAUGACGAGAACUGUGCAAGUUUUCAGCAAUGCAUCUUCGUAGCAAUGGGAGAUGAAUUCUACGGAUUAUUUAUUGAAAACGUCGACAGUAAGGAUUUUAACCCGAGACGUUUCCUUGGUGUUUGCGACUUAGACACUUUGAAAAGAUGGACCCCUUGUCCCUUCGGACUUAACAAGACUUGUAGUCCAGGACGCAAUCAGACUUAUUACAGCUCUUGCAAUAUUAACAGCACUGCCUCACAGCCACGAUGUAACUGCGAGUGCACUUUAAAAUCACACGAUUUGGAGCCAAACCCUGACUUUCCGACGUGUUUGCUGGGAGAACGCAAACGUUCUCUUGUAUUUCGCCGCAUUGCAAGAAGAACCGCCCCGGUGAUAAAUAACUGCAUUCAGUGCAUGACAAAACAUCCGGAUGUUAGAAUGGCGAGAGUUGGUCCAUUGCAGUGGAGACGAGUUCAACGGCGCGAAUCAUCGAUUUUGGACCAUUUUAGACCCAUAAAACACAAAAAAUUAUUUGACUGUCGCCAUUCAAUAGUCGGACCCUGUGCAUUCAACCGAAAAUAUCGAAGCCUCGUGCCAGCCAAUGCUAAAAAUAGACAGUUUUAUAGGCACAAACUACCCAACAGCGAGUUGGCGUUAGAAGAGUCUUCAAAUGACGCAUUAUUUCGAAUUUUUAGACAAAUUUCGAGAAAUAGACUAGUCAGAAGGCGCAAAAGUGCGCCUCAAGGGCAUGAUGGAGAGGAAAUCGAAGAAGACGACGAUGAGAAUGAUGAUGAUAACAUAGGCGAAGACAUUGCAAUAGAAGAGGACAAUGAUGAGGAAAAUGUAACCUCGACAACUGAAACUCCUGAAAAGGACGAAAUGAAACAGCAGCUACACGAAAAUAAAAAUUACAAUUUUACCAACACUGAGGAAGUUAAGAAAUCUAGUAAUACUACUCACUCGAGUGGAGUGACUAGAAAAUCAAUACAAAUCGUAUUAUUUUUAACAUGUGGUAUAAAUAUUGUAAAUUUGAUUUAAAAUAAAUAUGUACUCACCAA